UGUACCUUCACACAACAUUCAAAAUGAAGGCUGUACUGAUUUUAAGUGCAAUUGUCGGAUGUGUAUCUGGUGGCUUUCAAAAGUUGUCUAACAGAAACAUUCAUGGAAAUGAAUUUGAGAAUCACCCGUCAGGUGAGCUGGUUUAUGAAAUAAGGACGACAUGGAAUAGCAUACCAGUUUUGCAUUCUGCUGUCACAAUCUAUUUCAAACCACAUGUGGAAGGACUGAUAAUGGAAGUUAAUGCUCCAUUCUUUGAUGAUCCAAAGUCACCUCCUGGUGAGCCUGGGGAACCAUUUAAUGGUCUUUGGGACUUUGAAGUGGUUGAAUCAUUUUUUCUGAACAAUGGGACAACUCAAUAUCUGGAAGUAGAACUGUGCCCGCACGGGCAACAUCUGGUACUUUUACUCUCUGGAGUUGGAAAUGCUUUUAAAAAAGAGUUGGAAUUGAAGUUUAAUGUGGAUACUACAUCGGACUGGGGUAAAUGGUAUGGCAGUGCCCUUAUUCCUUGGAGUUAUUUUCCACCUAAUGUUAACAUGAUGAAUUCCUAUGCUAUCCAUGGCUCUGGUAUUGGGAGAACAUAUGAAGCCUUGUAUCCAAUACCUCCAGAAGAAAUAAUUGAUGGACAAGGCCCCAACUUUCAUCGUCUGGAAUAUUUUCAAGAAUUCAGCCUUAAAUGGAUUAUGGGAGAAGCCUGGGAACAACCUGUUUCUGACCUCUGGGAAUCAUCUCCUUGAAACUCUCCUAUACAGACGAUAUAUAUCUAUUUUUUAUCAUCUGUGUUAAAAAAGAUUAUCCCUGUUGGCAUUUAAUACUUAACAAGCCUCUUAUUCUUCCUCAUGACUGAAACUUAUAUGAUUAUGCAAAUUAAUAAAAUGAGCUUUCCACAGUGA